AUGGCCCGUGUCAAGUUCAACGUCAAUACCGAAUACGCCUACCUGCAAAACUUCAAGAUUUUACAGAGUACGUUCCCCUUCCUCGGCAGGUUCGGGGUAUCUCCGCCUGGUUCUCUAACUUGUCCCGCUCCAGAUGUCUUCGCCAAGCACGGAGUAAACAAGCCUGUGCCCGUUCAGUCCCUCACAAAAUGCCGCAUGCAGGACAACCUCGAAUUCCUGCAGUGGGUGAAGCGGUACUGGGAUCAGCACUACCCAGGCGGUGAGUACGACGCCGUCGCCCGGCGCAAGGCCUCUGGCGCCCCCGGCGGCGGCGCGCCCAGCGGUGGUAGCGGCCCUCGCACUGGUUCUGCGAGUGGCACACGGCGCGGCGUGACCCCUACGUCCUCCGCGACCCGCCCACGCGUGGGCGCCGCGACCGGUGGAGGCUCCUCGGCGGCAUUGCAGCAGGAAAUCGCGACACAAAGGGAGGCGAUUGCAGGCCUUGAGAAGGAGCGCGAUUUCUACUUCGCAAAACUGCGCGACAUUGAGCUGUUGUUGCAGAACGCGAUCGAGGCGGACCCGGAGCUAGAGAAGGAUGAGGAUUCCCUGCCCAAGCACGUCCUGGCGAUUCUGUACUCGACUGAAGAAGGCUUUGAGAUUCCUGCCGAGGGCGAGGAGGGCGUGGCAGAUGACCUCGAGACGUUUUAG